CUGAUAUAUAGAUCUAAUCUAGAAAUAAUCUAGAUAUAAAGAUCAAGAUGUCUUAUUAAUUAUUAGCAGAUUAUUAGAUAGUCUAGAUUCUAGUGAGCCGACUGAGGUACUUUUGCUCUAGAGUACUCUAGACCUAACCUGGCCUAGCAUAGUGAUAGUCACAAAACUAUCCAAACCCUUCAAACCCAAAAGUAUGGAAUAGUCAAAUGAUGAACUGGAUAUCUUUAUAUGGCAUUAGAAUUUACCAAUUAACAAGAUGUUAAAAUCCUUACUACAGGCAAACUUAGUUAAGUUAGGUAAAGCGUGGACUUCAUUUACCAAACCAAGCCUUUCGUUUAAGGCACAUAGCACUCUAACAUUUGUUGUCAACAACAAUUCACAUAAGAAACAUAUACAUAGCAGCAUACUAGAUCUACAUGUGCCCAAAUCAAACAGUGGACUAAAUCUAGUUGUAGCUGUUUGUUCACAAAGAAAAUAUUUUAGUACUUCUAGAAAAGUGCAAGACAAUUUAAGUUCUCCAGAAACUGUUACCAGUGAAACAGAUAAAACUAAAAGCAAGCGAUUAGCUUGUGUCAAACCAAGGUUAGCUAUCUUGUAUAAGUGUAAGGUUUGUGGUACUCGCAACAAUCAUACAUGUGAUAAACAAUCAUAUCAAGAAGGAGUUGUUAUUGUGAAGUGCUCUCACUGUAAGAACAAUCAUCUGAUUGCAGAUAAUUUGGGUUGGUUUAAAGAUGUUAACAAAAGAAAUAUUGAAGAAAUCCUGGCAGCCAAAGGAGAAAAGGUUAAGACAGUUUCAGACUUUGAUAUACCACCAGAUUUGAUGGAGCUCAUUACAAAGCAAGACUAAUGAAAUACUGCUCUAAAACAUAAGCACUGUGACACUCCCCAACAAAUGUUUAGAGCCUAUAAGAGGCACACAAACAGAUGCUCUUAUAGUCCUAAUGCAAAUAGUAGCCCAACUUGCUUUUAUUGGAAAAAAAAUAUUUUUGACAAAAAAAACUGUAUGGUACGGUAAUCUAAAAAUUACGUUUUUCCUCAGAUGUUUCUGUUCACCUUUACUUUCUGUCAUUCCAAUUGUUCUCAGAAACAACUGUUUUAAUCAAAUCAAAAUGUAAUGAUUUAUAAUUUUAAACAUUAUAAUUUUUUAUUUUUUUUUUAUUUCUGUUGUGUAAUUAAAGUAUGUAGACAUGACUUAAAAUAGUAUAUAUAUAUAUAUAUAAUAUAUGUAAGUGUGUGGAAUGUUCUUUAAACACCUUAGAGUUGUCAAUCUUGCACAAAGGUCAUAAAUGUACUUAGCACUUUGAUUAAAUACCAGCAACAUUGAAAAAUGGAUGUAAGGAAGUGAUAUGCUUGGCAGCUGAUCUCAUCACCGACCUUUCAUUAACCUUAGGCUUUAUGAAACUAUUUUUCUUCUUCAUUGCUCUUUUCAUGUAUGCAUAUUAAAAUGGUCUGCUUUUUACAUUGUUCAGAUAGUUUCCAGAACCAUCUUCUAAAGUAUAAACUAUUGGAAAUAAU